AUGUCGUCAGACAUUCCAAAAAAGAUGAAAGCUCUUCGGGUACUCCAAGCUCCUUGUAAAUACUACUCUCUCGAGAUCGUCCCAGUCCCUCGAGCGGAAGGUUCCAAAGUCCUAUUGAAGAUUGGUGCAGCCGGAUUAUGUCAUACGGAUCUGAUGGUCCUGGAAGGUAGUUUUGGAUCGAACUUGCCCCUUGUGGGAUCACACGAACCCGCAGGAACGGUCGUCGCGUUGGGUGAAGAGGCUGAGAAGAUUGGUAAGGUCAAGGUAGGAGAUAGAGUGGCCGCCCUGUUACCUAAGGAUGUAUGUGGCAGAUGCUCAGAUUGUAAAUUCGGUGAUUGGAAAUAUUGUGGAUUCUCAAAAUACGGAGGAAUCAAUACCGAUGGGUAUUUCUCGGAGUACGCUCUGGUAGAAGCGAAACAUUGUGUGGUCAUACCUGAUUCAAUGAGCUUUGAGCAGGCCGCUCCGCUUACAUGCGCGGGAGUGACCAUCUACGCAGCUAUCAAAAAAGCCAAUCUCAAGCCUGGCGAGAUCAUUGCUAUCAGUGGAUUGGGAGCGUUGGGUAGUCUGGGUGUACAGAUGGCUAAAGCUAUGGGCCUCAAGGUAGUUGGUGUAGAUGCUCGACCCGAGCCUCUAGACCUGGCUAGAUCAUUCGCCCUAUCUUCUGAUCUGGUGGUUGACGGCGGUAAGACUUCCCCCGAGGAAGCUGUAAGGGAGAUAAUCAAACUUAGACCAGAGGGGUAUGAAGGAUGGGAUGGGGUGGAUGCCACAAUACUCACUGCUGAUCCUCCCUCGUCUCAUCGAUUUGCCCUCUCCCUAACCCGUCGACAUGGUCAAGUCAUACUCGUCGCUCAACCUCCUGAACUUCAUUUCGAUUUCAAGAAUUUCAUUUUCCAAGAUUUAACUUUGUCUGGAUCGUUACAUGGAAACGAAGUUGAUCUCAAAGAGACUAUAGAUCUCUGUGCGAAAUAUGGAAUAGAGAGUCAUAUUGAAAAAUUCAGCGUGGAUGAUCAUAAGUUGAUGAUUGAUCAAAAUCAGAAAGAAGAUAGGAAAGGGAAGAUCAUAUUAACGUUUCAAUGA